CAGAGCUUAUAAUAUAUCCUAAACCCAAAAUGAACUCUAUUUGAAGUGAGCCAAUAAGCAAUGAGCAUAAUCGUGAUGCUGAUGGUCUUGAUUCUUCAUACCAAGAACUAGAUGAUAAUACUUCCCAAAAGGUGCAAGAUCUAGAUGAGAAGGCUUCUUUAAGUAGCUCUAAUGAGCUGAAAAUAUGUUCACCAAAACAACAGAAAUUGAUGAGCUUAAGAAUUUCGAAGAAUUCGGAAAUUAGGGGCCAAAACUUCAAUUGUGACAAGAAUGAUCCUAACAGUGCUUAUAUUAAAGACGAACAAUUCUUUAGUACAAGAGGAGAACUUCUUAGCCCAAAAUCUGUUAGUGAAGCACAUAGGUUCAAUAGUAACCUUGAUUCUCUAAGUACUAGGAGAAGCUUUGGUGGGAGCAGUUCUUCAUCCUCUAAACGAUUCUUGAGUCCAUGCAACAGUGAGUACACAAGUGCCUUAUGCAAGCUGAGCUCCAAGGCUAUGAUCAAGAUAAACAAGCCUAAGGUUUAUGCGAACACCAACAUUUUUAAGCUUGAUUCUAGACUUCUAUGCGAAUCUGCAAAAGAUAAUAAGAUUAAUACAAUGCUCGUAUUCAAUAAGGGCCAACUAGUCAGGCCUGUCAAGCAUAACAUGAAGCACCAGUCCUGGGCAAUACUCAAUUCUGAUUUAAAAUUUUGUGUAAAAAGCUAAGUUGAGCUGAUUGACUCAAAAUUCCUCAAGUCAAAUCUUUCAGAAUAUCCAGUCGGCAAAUUUAUAGAUUAGUGGAACAAGCCUUGUACGUUCUAUCAUACAUUGAGAGGCUAGAUUACAUUUAUAAUUGCUAAUAAUAAUAGCUGCUGAAGAAACUUAUGAUGUGAAAGCAAUAGGAUAUCUAAAGCAAGAUGUAAACGCUUCUUUGCCAUAUGAAAACCAUCUUGAAAUGAAAGCAGGAGAACUUGUAUGAAUUUGAGGAGAGGCAAGCCCUAAAACGGUAUUUGCUUACAAAU